AUGGAUCACUCACGGUCAAGUGUUGUAUCUUCCAACGGAAAGCUACCCAUCACCACAUUCGAUUUGACCCCUCAAGAGAAAGGCGGAGCAGGGACUACGGAGAACCGAAGGAAAUCCCUAAAGCUCGCAGUUCAGUGCUUGAUAGUGGUGAUAUUACUAAAUAUAUCUCUAUAUAUUGCAGUCCGAUUUUCCUCGGCGAAGACCGCAGGAGUUCGCCAUUGCUCCCAUGAAGACACGACUCUGCCCUUCACCCAAUCUGAGAAUGAUCAAAGUAAAUUUCCGAUAUCUUUGGAUUAUGGAUUGAGCAGCCAUGAGUAUCAUCAUCAAGGGCCGGCAUGGCUGCUUGCAGCAGCAGGUGCUCAGACUGAAAAGACGUCUAUAUCUUUCAAGGAUGUUAUGGGUAUCUGCGCUACUUUCUCUGAGCACAACUCCCCUUCGAAUUGCGCAACCGAUACCAUUGCUUCUGUAUUACUUUUUAGCGACUCUUUACUUUCACUUCGAUCAGAACUUAUUGAUUCCGCCAGUCCACAGCUUUCAAAUAGACGACCGCGGAAACACGAUUCUGAUCCAUCAGCUCCUCUUGCCUUGAAGUUUACUACCCCCAUGCAAUUUCCGAGAGCUGUACCGCAUCACAUUGCCCAUACUAUUGGUUCAUCUAUCCACCACGUAGGGUAUUACUGUCCCUUCAUCUCCACAUGCAACAAUCCCGUAUUCAGCAUAUCCACUCACGAAUCCAUACCCAUGGUCUUCGCAUUCCUCCCAUCCAACCUCGGUACCCACACCGAAGCGCUCAAAUUUGGUUUUGGGAAUGCGACGGGCUACCACUUUGCCACCAACGGCUUUGCCACCGGUGGCUUCGACGUACUUUUGGACAGAUCCGACACUCUCAAUCUUGACCCUAAGAAAGACUACUCUCAGAUGCAGCAUGAGGUGAACUGUCUCCUUAGCGAUGGACUGGAACUACCCGGACUCUUCUUCAAUAUCUGCAAUCGUGCUUCCGAAGAUAAGGGUCUUCACGGUGCAAUAAGUCCCUGGACUCGGAAUGAACAGAGCGGCAUAGAGCGAAUGAAAACUAUUAUUGCCCCGGAUCAAAAUAUGAUCACUUGUGCUAUGGCAAUUGAGAUUCGACGUUCUAUGAGGACGCAAUCGUGGAUUGUGUGGGGUUUUUUGCUUGGCCUGACCGGUUCGGGAGUACUUCUGUCGCUGUUUGGAUGGUGGUUGGAAAAUAGGCAGGGAAAAAUUCGUUUAUAG